AUGUCUUCGGUGCCGAUUUUAAGCAAGAAACUCCGCGAGUUGGAGAAACAGGCCAAUUUUUUACGCAAUGAGGUAACAAAUCUAGAGGCGACGAAACGCGAUGUGUUAUUCAGCGAAUCCACACAAAAUCGAUCAGAGGAGAUUCAGCGGCAAAGCCAGGAGGAACAAUUGCAAGAUCUGAGUUCCAAUUUUCUGGAUCGAAACAAGAGCAUGAAUCGAUCGUUGCAAAAGAAUAGGCUCGCUUUUCAUUUUCCAGACCUCGUUGAUCAAGCCAACAAAAAGAUCGGCGAUGUGCAGUCCACGGUUAGAACUCAUCACGAGCUGAACCUGGAGAAGGAGAGAUUGAUAUCUAUAUUGGGAAAUCUCGACCACGACGUUCAACACUUGGAGGAGAACUACAAGGAAUUGUUGCGACUGAACAGCUCAAACGAGGAUGGCGACACACGACCUGAGCUCUUUGCCAAAUCAUACGAUGAACUUAAGAAUGAACUUCAGGAGCUGGUUGAACUGUACCGUGAGCGUGAACUUCUCCAAAAGCAACUGAACAAUCAAUCCUCAGAGCUUUGGCGCCUUUCCACGUUAAUGCAGGACACGGUGAAUGCCUAUGAACAAAAGAAAGAGGCAGUGAACGUGCUAGCGGAGAAAACCGCCAAACUACAAGAGUUGCGGGAUAGGCGAAUUCAAUUGGAGCACCUGGAGAAGACAAAAAAUAGUCAGUUUGAAAAGAAGACCAACAUCCGACCGGAGGAGGAGGCGAUUAAAAGUGCAAACAAUGAUUUUAACGUCGCCAUUUGGGCUAUGGAGCGGGAGGAUGAUCAACUCAAAAGUAAUGAUGCCGCCAUUCGGCACCGCGCCAUGCAAAUUGCAAAAAGCCAAAAACGUCUAGAGCUGAUUGGGGAGGCCGUCUCUACCGGCGAGUCGGAUGGUGAGGAACGCGUGGAUGUCGAGGUGGCCGAUCAUUUGGUGUCGGAGAUUAACGCCAUGUACGACUUACAUGCCGAGGCAUGCGCCCACAUGGAUAAGCUAGAUGCGGAUAUUGAGAAAAUGGAGUAUAAAGUCCGCGCCAUCAAUCAAGCCAUUCUAGGGGCUAAAAAGGAACUGCGUACUGUUAAUGACAGCCGUAUGCACAAAAUAAGCCUCCUUAGGAAGGAAAUUGUUCGUGAACAAAAAGCUAACAAUUUUAAUAUCGCUGCGUUGGAAAAAGAGGUAGAAAAAGUUCGGAAAAUUUGCAUUAAUAAACAGCAGCUUUCCAAGGGCCGUCGUAGUGCUAAGAUGCGUCAGACUUCUAAAGCAUAA